AUGGCUCGCCCGCGUCGACCGUCCGCAUCGUCGGACAUGAGUUCGAUACCCGAUCAGAAUCAGGAGUUGGGUAGCAUGUACGAUUAUCUCGCCAAAGUCGUCCUGCUCGGCCCCUCUGGCACGGGGAAAUCCUGUAUCCUUCACCGGUUCGUCAAAAACGAAUGGCGCGUACUCUCCUCGCAAACCAUCGGCGUCGAGUUCUCAUCCAAGAUUGUGAAAUGCGGCACGGCGCCCAACAGAAGACGCAUAAAGCUCCAGCUAUGGGACACUGCCGGGACCGAGCGAUUCCGCAGCGUGAGUCGUUCUUACUACCGCGGCGCAGCGGGAGCGAUCCUGGUCUACGACGUGGCCAGUCUUGCCAGCUUCAACGCCCUGCCGACGUUCCUCAGCGAUGCCCGGGCCCUAGCGAGCCCGCAGUUGACCGUGAUACUUGCGGCAAACAAGUCCGAUCUGGCAGACACUUCGCGCACGCAACCACAGCCCAUGAACGGGAGUGCGGCGACGCUGCCCGGACAACAACAACAACAGCAAGAUCACACACCCUCUGCCUCGAGCGCCUCGAGCCGGCAAUCCUACUUCCCCUCCGACUCCGGCGGCACACCGACCGGCACGACACGUUCUCGCGCUGAUUCCCUACUCAACACCUCGAACAAAUGGACCGCCACAACGUCGACCGAAGGGCGAGAAGUGCCGUCGGAGCUCGCAGCGCGCUGGGCCAGUCAAGUGCGGAUCCCCGUUACCAUGGAAGUCAGCGCGCUGACAGGCGAAAACGUCGAAGAACUAUUCAGCCGCCUGGCGCGUAUGAUCUUGACCAAAAUCGAGCUGGGCGAGAUCGACCCCGACGACCCCGCCAGCGGAAUCCAGUACGGUGACGGCGGCGGUUGGGACGGCGAUGCAGGAUCGAGCGCACGCUCCGGCGCGGCGGGAGACGAUAGCACUCUGCGCAAGCGCCGGAAACGGCCCGCCGGACGAAACGGCAUCCUCACCAAUCUCGGGGAGUGGGAGGAUGUGUUUCGAAGACCUCCCUCCAGAGGGGGUGGAAGGUGUUGUUAA